AUGACUGUAACCGAGUGCCGCCGUCACCUGGACCCUGCCGGUGACCCAUCCCACCAAACCAACACCGAUACCGAUGUACUCCUCGACAGAGUUCUCGCAGGCGGACGCGAGAGCGGCAAAGCGAGCGGCGCAGGCUUGCGCGGGACGAGGCGCGGCGCGAGCGGCGUGUGGACUUAUUGCGAUCAAGGCCUCGCGUUCGUUCACCCGCCGCAAUUGGGUCACGCUCGUCGCGUCGCCCUGCCCCGCGCACCCAACACACAAAUAACUGUUCAAAACUCACAC